AUGCAGAGCUCGAUGGUCAUCACGCCGCUCAAGCACAGCGCAGAUAAAAAGUGUAACUUUGGCGCCACUAUUACUGGACUUGACUUGAAUGUGAUUUCCGAUGAGGAUCUAAUGACUCUUAAAGAUGCAAUCUACAAAUACCAACUCGUUGUGAUCAAGGGUCAACACAAUCUUGAUCCUGUAAAGCACUGGGAGUUGAUUACCAGACUUGACCCAACGGCACCGCAAGUCCAUGGCCACGGUACGGUUAAGGAAUUCCAAAAGUCUGGGGGGAUGCUUGCUAAACGAAUGGUGCAUGGCAUACCAGCAGCGCCCAAUGUGCGACUCAUCGGCAAGGGCUAUCAGGGCGAUGAUCACUAUGGUAUCAAAGGCUUCACUGCCUUCGGAGCCAGCAAUGAUUAUCACAAGUACCCACCAAGCGCUGAGGCAUUUGCAGCAGGUAACACCCAGUUCCAAAGAUGGCACAUGGAUGCUCCUUUGUACGAUCGUGAGCCGCCACACUUCACAGCUCUCCGUGCAAUAAAGUGCCCAGUCGGGCCCGAGAUUCAGAUAAAUUGGGACGAUGGCAGCGGACUGAGCAUGAAAUGCCAGCCGGGCCAAACCGCAUUCGUUAGCAAUAUCCAACUCUACGAGUUAUUGACGGAUGAGGAAAAGAUGAUGGCUGACCAUAGUUGGGUUGAGUAUGCGCCCUAUCCGUAUAUGUGGAUCGAGAAUUGUAAGGGCAGGCCGAAUGGGUUGGGACUGGAGACGGAGGGAAAGGAGCAUACGAUGGAAGAGAUGCCAGAGUGGGAUCCGGAGAAAGUCAAGACCUAUCCCAUGGUUUGGAUGACGCCUUCGGGUCAGAAAGCUCUCCAGGUUCAUGCGAUAUGUGUCAGGAAACUUUUCUUGAGAGCUACGCCGACAAGUGAGGUGAAAGAAAUCGACGAUCUCGUCAAGAUUCGAGAGCUGCUUCAUAGCUGGCAGGAGAGAGUCAUUCGUCCAGAAUACGUUCUGAUGGGCCCUGUUGAGGAGGGCGACGUUCAAAUGUGGGACAACUGGAGCGUUUUCCAUUCUGCGGUUGAUUAUCCAGACCAUUAUGGUCCAAGAACUAUGCAUCAGGCCAACCUAGGAGCGUCAGAUAAGCCUGUCGGACCCGUGCCCAUUCCAGUGCUAUGA